AGACAGAGAUUAGUCAUUACUCCAUUAGAUACAUGUCCUUGGUUUAGAAAAAGCUACUUUUGUGUUUAUCAAAGAAACAAAAAUAGAAGAAUUGAAUUGAGGGUGGGAAAGGAGCAAAAGAAAACAUCGAGGAUGAGCAAGAGCGGAAAAAAGAAACAACCGGACGCCAUUGAUGAAGUCGAAGAGUUACUGAAAUUAACACAAGACGACCUUCUUCUCAAGCUAACCGUCAAUUCUCACACCAGUUCCAAGUUCGAUUUCGUCCCUGAAUCCUCCAACGCAAUAAUAGAUCCAGAUCUCGAUCGUCGAUUUCAAGCUCUCAGAUCCAAACCUAAACCUAAACCUGAAACCGCCGCCGCUCAUGCUCAUGUAGAUGACCUGUUUGCUCGAUUCGCUGCUCUCAAAGGUCCCAACGCAACAUCUACAACUGAACACAUCAACAUUGAAGAGGCAGAUGAAGAAGAUGAGGUUCAGAAGAUUAUCAAUUGGGCCGUAGACGCAGCUCGACUUGAUCCUUCUCCUCCCUCUGAUGACGACGACAGUGAUUCCGAUGAUGACGACAAAACUGUGGCUCCUAAAAAGAAAAAGAAAGGGUCAAAAAAGUAAUUCAGCUUGCCGCAUCUGCUGAUUGUGCUGGAGGUUUAGACGUCACAGAUGAUUUGAAGCAUUUUCUGGUACAUGAAAACAAUACCGUCUUGCACAUAAUUACUUUCGUAUUAUCAACAUUGUUGAUUGCUUUGAUGAGUACAAUGUUUAUGUUAGCACUUGAAACAUCAAAGUUAAAGUUUGCUUUUAGAUAACUCUUGUCCUUUUUUAGUGUUAUUUGCGUACCGAAAGAAAAUGAAUUUAAAGGCCUACAAUUACUUAGCU